AUGAGCGAGCAAACCAUAAAUAUUAAAUUUGUGCAGAAAGUGGAAAAAUAUCCAUGCUUAUAUAAUUAUACACUGUCAGAUUACUCACGAAAGGAUGUAACGGAAAGAGCUUGGAGUGAGGUGGGAAAACUAUUUAAUUUGACACAUAGCCAAGCUAAAGAAAAGUGGAAAAAUUUGCGUGCGGUUUUCGUCCGGCACAUAAAACCAGCUCCGAGUGGGUCUUCUUCAAAAAAAAAGAAGCCGUAUUAUUUGACCGAUGCGAUGCAAUUCACAAUCCCAUACGUAAAAGCACUGAACAAUACCAUAUCGGGGAAUCUUCCUCUGGCAGCAGAUAGGGAAGUGACGGAGCAAGAAGAUAACGAAGAAGCAAAUGAGUCGCAAAUGUCGCAAUCCAUAUUACAACAGAACAUCGCAUUACCACCUGAAAACAUGCCAUCAUCAUCCGAAGACACCCCAUCACCCAUGUCAUGCCCUCUGCCUGAGUCUUCGCCUAUAUCUAAUCAACCACUCUCUCCCAUGUCAUGCCCUCCAUCCAGAUCAUUUGCUUCCAGUACUGAUAUCGGCUCUAAUCGCCGUAAAAGAAAACCUGAUACUGUCGAUGAUGGUAUUAUGGAAUACUUCAAAGCCAGAAAGGCUAAUCUUGAAAAAAAGUCUGAACACGAGGAUCCUAAACGAAUGUUUUUAUUAAGCUUAUUACCAGACAUGAAAGCAAUGUCCGAAAGUCAAACGAGAACCUUCAAGCGAAGAGUGCUGGCUUUAGUGGAUGAUAUUUUAGAAGAAUCUCCGAGAACUUUGGCACCACCACAGCGAGCCACACCAGCAUACAAUUUUGAAACUCAAACCGUAUUUCUUUCUACGCCUGUAUUAAAUGAACCGCAAGCCACACCAGCUGUAACAAAUGAACAGCAAGCCACACCAGCUGUAACAAAUGAACAGCAAGCCACACCUGCAUAUGACAAUCACAUUUUGACAUAUUAUGAAUCUGCACCACUUCUAAUUAAUACAAAUAAUGAUUGUGCACAAUCAAAUACUAACUAAUUUGUGUUUAAAAGGACUGUUUAAUAACAAUAUUAGUUAUUUACGAAUAAUAAAUAAAAACC